CGGGGGGGGGGCGUUGAUCGCCCCGGGCUCCGCUCCUGCCCUUUCCGCCCCAGGCCCGCAGCCACCUGCACCCCGCCCUCCGGCCGCGCCCCAGCCCUGGAACCACCGAGCUGGUCUGGGCUUAGGGAGCGCCAGGGGUUCGCAGUGAGGCAGUGAGUACUGGGUCUCCGUGGACACAGUAGUCUUAAUGUGGCCGCGCUGAGAGCCCGCCGCCUGCGGACAGGGGAGCGGGGCUGCGGCGCGUCCUCGCGGGUGGAAAGUUGGUCUACACUCCGGCAACAUGACCAGCCCAGCGGGCGCGCAGAACAAGGAAAUAGACUGUCUGAGUCCAGAAGCCCAGAGACUGGCGGAGGCCAGACUUGCAGCAAAGCGUGCUGCCCGUGCCGAGGCUCGAGAGAUCCGGAUGAAGGAGUUGGAACGGCAGCAGAAGGAGAUCUAUCAAGUUCAAAAGAAAUAUUAUGGGCUGGAUACAAAAUGGGGUGACAUCGAGCAGUGGAUGGAAGACAGCGAACGUUACUCACGCAGAUCCAGAAGAAACACAUCGGCUUCUGACGAAGACGAGCGCUUGUCCGUGGGUAGUCGCAGCAGUCUGAGGACAAACGGUUAUGAUGGAGACUGUUAUGGAUCCCAGUCCCUGAGUAGAAGAUCUGGCAGGAAUUCCAGCUACAGCAGCGACAGCAGAUUCUCCGCUUUGUCGACCUCCAGGGAAGAGAAGUUGGGACUCUUCAGCCCUGACCUUGGCUUUCCCAGUAGUGGCCUGGCUUCCAAAGCCCUGUCUGCCCAGAAUGGAACCCGGCCCUCGGAGUACAGCGGCCACCUCAACUCCAGCUCCCGCGCCUCCUCCAGGGCCAGCUCUGCACGGGCCAGCCCUGUGGUAGAAGAGAGACCAGACAAAGAUUUUACUGAGAAGGGGUCCCGUAACAUGCCCAGCUUGUCUGCAGCCACUCUGGCCUCUCUGGGUGGGACUUCCUCCCGGAGAGGGAGCGGGGAUACCUCCAUCUCCAUCGAUACGGAAGCAUCCAUUAGAGAAAUUAAGGAACUUAAUGAGUUAAAGGACCAGAUUCAGGAUGUAGAAGGCAAAUACAUGCAGGGAUUGAAAGAGAUGAAGGACUCGCUAGCAGAAGUCGAAGAGAAGUACAAGAGGGCCAUGGUCUCCAAUGCUCAGCUGGACAAUGAGAAGACCAACUUCAUGUACCAGGUGGACACCCUGAAAGACACGCUGCUGGAGCUGGAGGAGCGGCUGGCCGAGUCCCAGCAGCUUUAUGAGGAGAAAUGCAAGGAGUUCGAGCGGGAGAAGCACGCCCAUGGUGUCCUGCAGUUCCAGUUUGCCGAAGUGAAGGAGGCCUUGAGGCAAAGGGAAGAAGCGCUUGAGGAAAUCCGACAGCUACAACAGAAACAGGCGGGGUAUAUCAGGGAGAUCUCUGAUCUUCAGGACACAAUGGAGUGGAAAGACAAAAAGAUAGGGGCAUUAGAGAGGCAGAAAGAGUUUUUUGAUUCCAUACGGAGCGAACGAGAUGAUCUUAGAGAAGAAAUAGUCAAGCUGAAAGAGGAAUUAAAGAAACAUGGAAUAAUCCUGAAUUCAGAAAUAGCUACCAAUGGAGAGACUUCAGACACACUAAAUGAUGUCGGGUACCAAGGCCCCACCAAGAUGACAAGAGAAGAGUUAAAUGCCCUCAAGUCUGCUGGGGAGGGGACACUAGGAAAAGCCAAAGAAGUGGAGGUGAGAAAUGAAAUUGUGGAAAAUGUGGGGAAAGGAGAAAUCUUGCCGAAUACUGAGCAGGAACAGCACAAAGAGGACACAGUACAGCACAGAGAGGUCUUACAUCCUGGUGAAAAUGCUGAGACCCAGAAACCAGCUGAAGACAGUGCCCCAUCCCCAGGACCGCUAGCACAUGCUAAAUGUGAGCAGCAGGUUCAGAGCCAAGUUCACAAGAAUACUUCUUUCCUCGAAAACCCAGAGCAGACUGAGUCACAUGAGGUCACAGACAAGCCAGAUGAUAGGACCAGAAAUGCCCUUGAACAGUCCGACUGCCUGGGGGAUCUAGAUAGUGAAGGACCAGGUCCCACUCAUGGGCAGGGUGGUUGUGAUGCCUUGGGUAUCCAAAAUCAAAGUGCAAACUCUCUAGGCAGUCAGGAAAUCGAAAAACAAGAAGGUCUGAAAGCAGACUUGAAAGAAGCUAGCUCUGAACCACAUCCAGACUCGGUUCUUGCGCAGUUUCCUGAAGCUGACAAGGUGAGCUGUGCAGACUCGGGGGGGACAGGUGAGAACAACACGGAGAAUGUGGCAGAGACAGGGGGGGCCGUGGGUGGGGAACAAGUGGAUGUGGUGACCUCCCGUCCUCCGGAACACGCCGACAGCACGGCAAGUCAGGAUGGAACAUGUGUGGUCGAUGGGGUGGGCCCCGGCACGGGGCAAGAAAAGCCUGCCCAGACAGAAGUCCAGGCCAGCCCUGGGGCUCCCAUAGCACAGAGCAUCCCUGAGGAUGCAAUAGGCCCAGGUAGCACAGAUGCUAAGAUUGCAUCUCUGGAUAUGAAAGAACCCAAGCAAGAAAAGAACACCCAGGAGGCAGAGGCCUUGGGUUCACCACAGAAGAAAACAAAGAACAGGAAGAAGAAAAACAAGAAGAAGAAGUCAGCAGCCCCUGUGGAAGCCCUCAAAGAUCACAGGAAGGAGUCGGGCUGUCAGAGCACAGAAGCAGGUGAGGUUGAGGAAGGUGAUCAGGGACAGCUCACUGACAAAAGUCAGGUGGCAGGAACUCAGAAUGGGGAGGUGGACAAUCCAAAGCAGGAAAUCCUAGCAGGAAACAGUGAACAUGUUGAUUGUCCAGAAGAUCCUAAAGCUGAGUUGAAUGGAAAACAGAAUGAGGAGGAGGAGGAGGAAGAAGAGGAAGAGGAUGUAAAAACCCAGGUCUCGAGGGUGCAGCUUGAAGAUGAGGUGACACAGCCGUCAGGCAGCAGUGUGGAGGAUGAGCAGAUGGAACAGCAUGUUACAAAGGGUCCCACGAAUGGUCCCACAGAGCCUGAGUGUGAAGAAGGGAGCGACGGCUCUCAUUCCGAAAAGAAAAGUCCCCCAGAGGAUGUCAACCGUGCUGCUCAGACGGAAAGUGCAGAGGAGCACGUGCUGGCCACACAUCCAGGCCAGACAGCCGAGAACGCUUUAGAUAGUGGUAUCCUAGAACACUAUGGCCUGUCGGGGGAGCUGGGGGACACCAGCUCAGAAAGCCAGCGGCAGGCGAGCGGGGCGGACGAGAAGGGGAAGAGCAGGGAAGACUGCACCAUGUCGUGAGUCAGCGGCUGUAGGAGGCGGGCAGGGCUGAGGGCCCAGAGAGGGCCAAGGGCCCCGCACAGUAACUCUAGCAUCUGAGACUCCCUCAGCUCCGCUCUUGAAGUUCACAAACCCUCUAAUUUCUGGCACUGUAUUGUGUGACAGUCACUAAAUACCUACUACUUUAAAUUACAGACUGUUACUUGUCGAUUUGUAUGAAAUUGUUGGUCACCUAGACAUGUUUGUUUUCAGUUUAAGUUCUAGCUGAGAACAUUCCAUUAGCAUCAAAUGUUAGUCUGUCUAUCCACAUUCCAGCCUAAGGUCAAAAUAUUUAACAUUUGCUGUAGGCGAUAUGAAUGUGGGUAUUCUUGACCAAAUAUGUCAGCAUCUAAUAGAAUGACCAAAUAGCUUUCUUAGGUUUCUGCAUUAUGAGUAGUAGAUACAUAAACUAAUACGUCUUAUUCGUAUAGUUGUGUUUUCAUAUUUGAUUUUAGUAUGUACAAUAUAGCCUUACGAUAGUUUAUUUAAAGGAGCUAAAUGAUUAAAAAGCAUAAAGGUCACUGGGUGAGAGAACUUGCACCUUAGGAUUAUGACUAAUCAUUACAGGGCUGUAGAUAGACAAGCGUCUGAAAGCACAAGGGACAUCUGUGACUUUACCUCAUAUACGUAUUUUACUUCACACCAGUGCGCUUGGAUCUUGUUGUCAGUGGUAUCUGAAUUAAUUCUGUAGAAGGAUUUUAUUUCUCUUCAUUCUGGUGAUGUUCCAAAUUCAUUUUAUACAAAGAUUUUAUUUUUAUUCUUUUCUAUAAAUGACAAGUUGAAAGUACAUUUCCUACUGUAGCGUUUAGGAGAGACGGUCAUUAAUUUUUUAUUGACUUUGAAAUGAUCUUCCUGUUUGAAUGUUUGAUCAUCAUUCAGAAAAAUACAAAACUACUUGUUCUUGUGCAAAGGACUCUAGACUAUGGUCCAACUUUUGUGUUUUGGUCUAAAUGUUAUUUGUUGUUUCUCAAUAUUUUCUUAUCGGAAAUUUAUUAUUUUAUAUGCCUGAAGGAAAUCUAUAUUUUCUAUAUCAAAAAGCAUUUAGAAAAUGGUUGUAAAGUUGAAUUUAAAAGUGAUGAUAGUGUCAAGUCCCAAGGACUGUACUGCAUGACUGUUCUUGACAUGUUAUGAGAUUAUGUGAAUUCAUACUACUGUUACAAGAUAGAAUGGAAUGCAGAAAGACCAAAACCUCAGUAAAGUUGCAAACUCAAGUGUUAUGUGAUGAAAAUAAAAGCAUUUUAUAAUUUUA